ACACAGAGAGGGGGAGAGAGAAGAGACAAGAGACAGCAAGCAGUGAGCACCGGGCUAUCCGUCAGCUUGUAAUUUGCCCCACUGGGCUUUGGGACCCUCUGCUGGGUCAUUUAGAAUGGGCAACAUUUUAUCCUGCAUCCCAAAGAGGGAACGUCGGUUUCGGAAAUCCACGAAAAAGUCGAGAGAUGAAUGGGAACAAUUAACACCAGAGAUUUAUGCCAAGAUACAGAAGAAGCCAGCAACUGAGCAGAAUGAAGCUGCUUCCAUCCCAAAGGCAAAAACACAUUUUGAUCAGGAAGCAAAGCAAAUUGAUAAAGAAGAUAUAGAAGCAAAACUACACUGCUACCCAAUCAAGGAAUGGGAUCAAAAUGGGCUGAAGCUGGAAGACCUUGGCAAGAUAAUUCAUUGUUCCAAGGUUAAAAUUUGUCGUCAACCCUGCAAGGAUAUUAAUAACAGAUGGUUGAUAUUAUUCCAAAAUCUCCUGCUUAUUCUCUCUGAGGAUUCCCAUGGCUUCACAUACCAGGGUACACUCCCUUUAGCAGGGAUUACAGUAAAUGGCUUGGACAGCACCAAUAACAGCUCAGAGCUGCACCAUGCUUUUCAAAUUACAGGUCCACUGCUGCAUCCCUUUACAGUUUACUGUACCAAAGAGGAAGAGGUGAAGGAGUGGCUGUAUUGUCUCAACAAGCAAAGACAAGUGAGCAACAAGAUUGCAGAUUCCCCUCGAGCACAAAUAUGCUCAGAACGCGAUCACAACUCUCCGAGACAACACACUAAAGACGUUGAUCUGAGGAAGUUAAUUCUGAACCGUCCAAUCCAAGGAGGUGAAAGGUCUCACAUCAAUUCGUUGGGCAGCAUCAUCUGGAUGUCAGAGAACAAGUUACAACAUUUACCCUUUCAGGACCAACAUGACCGUCUUCUGGUUCUCUUCCCAACUACACUACUCAUUCUGUCUGAAGAAGACCAUACCUUACAUCACAAGGGGGAGCUUCCACUUAAUGCCAUAACGAUAUUUGAACAGGAUGAAUUUGACAGCGAUUCAAAUACACUCCUGAUAGAAGGUAAAAUGAUCAACCAAAUCAUAGUGUUGUCACAGAAUAGAACAGCUCACAAGAAAUUGAUACAUCACCUGAAUGCUGCAGGGGUCACAAUUCAAAAAGCUCCCCAUGUCAAUAAAGGACGUGAUUACAAACAUUCUCCACAGUGCAGAGAUCAGUUUGCAGACAAGAUCAGUCCUUCAUUGGAAGCUCACGGGCAUGUCAACAGCCCGACGACAGUGUAUGGAGUAUUCACAUUUCCCCAGAAACCAGUCGAGAUGAUUUCAAUGUCGGAAGACUUGCCCACGCUUGUUACUACAAAUGUGAUGGAUCCAAUCACCUCUCCUGAUUACGCAGAGCCUUACACACCUCCUCCAAUGAGGCUCUCAAUACCAGCUGAACCGUCAAUGCUUAAUUCAUCUGCAUAUAAGCACAACUCUUCGCCCCUGCCAAUCCGUACAAACAGUAUGAGACUCUCAGAACGGAAUGCUCUUGCCUUAUCCCAGCCUCCAGCUUUGACUUCGGAAAAUUCGCUUAUUGCUGAACAUUGUUUGUCCACGGGCUAUGCAGAUCCUUUUCCAGGUUGGAAAAUGCGGCCAGCGGGUUCUGGAGGCAGAUCCUCCCAUCAAAAUAUGGCCGAUAGUAAAGGUUCAUCAAAAAAACUGCAAUCGAGAAACUUCAGGAUGUCAGGAACCAAUAUUUCUGGUUCAUCUCCUGUUUCGUUGACGCCUGGCAGCAUUACAAUCGACUGUUCACCUAGUGAUGAAAGUUUGAACAACGCUCUGUCUCCAACUUACGCUGUACCUUACAUUCCAUUUAGGUUACGACCAGCCCCUCCUGCAAAGCCUCUUUGGCUCAGAGAGGCCGUGUCCAGGCACAAGUCCUCACCAUUACCAGAUGGAAGGGCAGAUCAGAAUGCACCUCUUCGAAAGACUCUUACAUUGUCACAGCCUCCAGCCAGAUCCAGCAGCAGUUUCAGAAAGAAUCUUUGUCCAUUCCAACCCAGUCACCACAGCGACCCUUUGUCACCUCUAUACGCUGAACCUUUCACAGCUGCCAAGAAGCAGUUAGCCCCAUCUUCUGCUUCAGGACCUGUCAGGAAACAGAGUGGUGCAUUGGCAAGAGACCAGUGGAGUAACACGCCUUUGCUGGCACUAGAGUCUGUACCCCGCUCUUCCCUGCCAUCAUGUUCUAUGUCUGGGAGCAGUACCUGUUCAUUCGUGGAUGAAACUCCCUUGGCUGACCCUCUAUCUCCACAAUAUGCAGAACCAUAUCAUUCACAGCCAAUGUCUCAUGCUGACCAUUUCUGGAUGAGAGAGGAAGUAUCGCGGAGAGGAAGUGCUGAUUUUCCUGUCCAUUGCUUAAAAGAUGCCUCCUCUGAAUAUUACGCAAUUAUACAACUUUUAGACAGCUACCAAGAAGGCAAGAACAUAAGUUGGUACAGUGACAACAGCAGAAUGUCUUUAACAUCAUCUGAACACACCUAUGCAGAACUCGAAAGCCUCCAAGAUGACUCUGAUUAUGAGUUUUGGGAUUUUGACUUCAAGCAACAAGAAAUCCCACACCUUUCUGCCCAGACCCUUAUGAAGCUCCGUCAGAGGGGGACAGUUGAUUCAAGGCUGCAGGGAAGAUUGCACAGAUGGUCGUGAACACCUGAGAUGUUGUGUUCACCAUACUUUGGAAAUACUGACCUGUUUUAAUAGUGGAUGCAAUGCAGCAGACUGGCUUGUGGUUUACUGCAUUAGAACUCAAUAUAAUGUCAAAGCUGAGACUUCGAGAAGUUCAAAGAAUCUUUGAAGCAUUUCCUUGUCCUGCAGAAAUGGGUCAUUUAGAAGCUGGGAUGCAGGGCCUAGUCAAGACAUCCAGUCACUGUUACCAGACCAUAGCACCUUCAAUACACUGUACGCAGUGUUCACUUGAGCUUUGCUGUCCUCAGUUCCAGACUGCGUACAGCUCAAAACAGUUGCAAUACCUGUGAAAUAAUACAUGACAUGAGCUGGUCUCAUAUCAUCACCUUUUAUGUUUCAAUUAUAUUAAUUUUGUCAUAUACUCAUAUUUUUUAAUAUUUUCAAUUGCUUUGUAAAUUCUGAUUGCUAACUGCAGCUAAUGUAUAAAAUGAUGCUGAGAUUAUCCAAACAGCCAAAUUAAUAAUUUGUCUGAAGUUGCACAUUUGCAACAAAAUCUGUACAGUAAUUAUGUUGUUUUUGUUAAGAAUGUUGAACCAUUUAAACAAAGCUUCCAUGAUAUUUUUGUGUUGGUUCUCAUUUUUCUGAACCAAGUUGACAGCAGAGAAUAAAUAUCUG